AUGGCUUCUCCCAAUGAACCCGCAGACCCUAUCGCCAAGGGUGUCAUUCCUACCGCAAAGCAAAACUUGUCUGAUCUACUGAAAUGGAAGCAGAGAGUUGAAGUUACGAAUGACUAUGGGGAGUCGAGCUGCGAAUGGCAAACCCCCGAGCCACUCAAGAAUCCCAUUAGUCUUUUUGCACAGCUGCGUGCGAGAGAUUGGGUCUUCUUCAUCUGUGGUCUGCUUGCCUGGACAGCCGAUGCUUUCGAUUUUCACGCCCUCUCCAUCCAAACUGUAAAAUUCGCCACCUACUACAAAACAACCAACACGAACAUCACCACGGCCUUAACUCUAACCCUCCUCCUGAGGUCGGUUGGCGCCGCUUUCUUCGGUCUAGCAGGUGACAGGUUUGGGCGCAAAUGGCCCAUGGUCGUCAAUAUGUUCGCCGUGGGUCUCUUGCAGAUUGCGACUAUUUACAGCCGUAAUUUCCACCAGUUUUUGGCAGUAAGAAGCCUGUUUGGGCUGUUUAUGGGAGGAGUGUAUGGGAAUGCAAUCGCAAUGGCGCUCGAGCAUUGUCCUGUUAAUGCCCGAGGGCUGAUGUCUGGAAUUUUGCAGCAAGGCUAUUCUCUUGGGUACGUGCUGGCGGCAUCGGCGAAUUUGGGGGUUGGAGGAAGCACCAAUUCCUGGAAGAAAGUAUUCUGGAUCGGUGCCGGAUUGUCUAUUGGGGUUGGAAUUAUUCGGAUCUUCUUUCCGGAAAGUAGACAAUUUCUCGAGGCGAAGAAAAAUGGGCAAAAGAAAAUUACUGCUCAUGCGUUCUGGAGAGACACUAGGGGCAUGCUUGCGCAAGAGUGGAAGAUCUGUGUCUACUGCGUGAUUAUGAUGACUUGGUUCAACUUCUAUAGCCAUACUUCCCAAGAUUCCUACACUACCUUUAUGCUCCAAUCUAAAGGGCUGAAGAACGCCGCCGCAAGUCGUGCUAGUAUCUGGAUGAAAACAGGAUCCAUUUUCGGGGGCUUCACCAUCGGAUACUUGUCUCAAUUCUUCGGUCGUCGCCGUGCCAUUAUCACUUCAGCAAUUAUAUCCUGCUUUCUCAUCCCUGCUUGGAUCCUUCCCAAAAGCGAGGUAUCACUCUCUGCCUCGGGAUUCAUGCUUCAAUUCUUUGUACAAGGUGCCUGGGGAAUCAUUCCCAUCCACUUAAACGAACUCUCUCCUCCUGCUUUCCGUUCCUCUUUCCCGGGUCUCACGUACCAGCUGGGAAAUAUGAUUUCAUCCCCAAGCACGCAAAUUGUCAAUGCAAUCGCAGAAAAGAAUUUCGUGCAUGAUGCAGGAGGCAAACAUGUUAAGGCUUACGGACCGGUCAUGGGCGUUGCUACCACUAUUAUUGCUGUUGGCAUUGCGUGUACGGUCGCUGUGGGACCUGAGAAGAGGGGACGAAAGUUUGAGGAAGCUCCAAUCGCAGGAGUCGGGGCGAUAAUUCCGCCAAAGGAUAUCGAGAUGGCGGAUGAGGUGGGUGAGAAGACAACAUCUACGGAGAACGCUGUUGAGAUAAGAGAGAGGUCGCCGUAGAUUGUCUAUUUUGGUCGAUUCACGUGCAGUCGGAUCAGAACGUUUAAAGUUUGAAGUUUCAGACAAGGAAGUAAGCAGUAUCUUCUUUCAAGGAAAAUCAAGUUCUC